AUGGGGCUUUUUGCAUUAAUUAAGCGCGCUGUCUGGGGGGAAAGGACACCAUUUCGCAGCCAUGAUGGUGAGCAAGGCCAGAGGAGUGAGCUACUCUUCCUCCGAGAAGCCCUCCAGGAUCACUUCGGGCCAGUGGUUUACAAAUUGGGGGCCCUUCCGAAUCACCUGAGAAGGGGAAGUGGUGUCCUGCUGGAGGGAGAACUGGUCGAUGUAUCUCGGCACAGCAUCUCGGACGCCCAUGGCAGGAAGGAGCGCUACUACGUGCUGUAUGUCCGGCCCAGUCGCAUCCAUCGCCGGAAGUUCGACCCCAAGGGAAAUGAAAUCGAGCCCAACUUCAGCGACACCAGGAAGGUGAACACGGGCUUCCUCAUGUCAUCCUACAAGGUGGACGCCAAGGGGGACACGGACAGACUGACGCCCGAGGCCCUGAAGGAGCUGGUGAAUAAGCCGGAGCUGCUCGCCUUGACAGAGAGCCUCACGCCUGAGCAGACCGUGGCCUUCUGGAUGCCCGAGUCGGAGAUGGAGGCCCUGGAGCUGGAGCUGGGGGCCGGGGUUCGGCUGAAAACCCGAGGCGACGGCCCCUUCCUGGAUUCAUUAGCCAAACUUGAGGCUGGAACAGUGACCAAGUGUAAUUUCGCUGGUGAUGCAAAGACGGGGGCAUCAUGGACCGACAACAUCAUGGCCCGAAAGUCUUCCGAGGGGGCCACGGCAGAGACCCGAGAGCAGGGGGACGGGGCAGAGGAUGCGGAGUGGGACGACUGAGGCCCCUGGGAGAAGCGGGGUCCCCGGGGCUCACCCGCGCUGAGAAUUUCUUCCAUCGACUUCCAUUCUGGAGUUCAAGGAAGAGCCCCGCAGCCUUACUCGCCUUGAGCAAGCCGUGCUAAGACCAAAUCCACAACCACACCCUCAGCAGCAGGGCCCCCUGCCCUGGCUCACCGAGGGCCCUCCCUGAGUGGGAGUGGAGCCUCCUAGUGUCAUGACAACCACGCCCUGAUGGCAGCGGUGUCUCUGGAGGCCGGCAGUGAGCGAGUGCCCUGGAGCAGGCAGAGGAACUGGGCUUGGUCUUGGUGCAGAAUCGGGGAACAUCCGUCUUGUAUAUGCAAAGCGGCUCAGAGGGGAAGCCCGCAGGCUACUUCCUCUGCCCUGGUGUCUUUUCUGCUUUCCUCCCUCGCCUGCCCUCCCUGGUGCUCGGGGCUGCGGUCUCUGCUCUCCUGCUCAGUCCUUCUGUCCCCUGUGCCCCUUUUCUCUCCCCAAAGCUGCCAGUUCUCUAUUCCUCCCGGGUUCUCUGCCACCUUGGGGAUUCCUGCCUCCCGGCCUCCCUGGCUGCUUGCCUGGGGAUGCUGUGCCCAGGUGUGGCUGGCUGGUCCCCACCUCGCAGGCACACUCUGUCAGGACACACUUUUGAAAGCACCAUUUUUUUUCUUUAUCUUUUUUAAAUGAAGCAUUUUUUAUGUUUUUAUUUCAGAGAGGAAGGGAGA